AUGGUCCGACGAGAAACUCUUUAUUAUGUUUAUGUAAUGGAUACAAAUACGAAAAGGAAAUUGAUCGCCGACGUUCGUAAAUUGAGUAAUGGUGUCUAUCCAUCACGACCUGUUUAUCAACACGGACAUUUCUGUGUUCGUGCGUUUCAUCUUAUUCUAUCCUAUCCUGGUUACUCUCUACUUCUGUGCUUUCUAAUUUAUCUACAAAUGAUGGACUUAAAACUUUACUUCAAAAUACGUUCAAGAGAAUCCUUAGAUUUCACUACAACGAAAACAUCAACGAAUCAAACAAGUUCAAUUCACAUCUUCGAUCCAUUACCAGUGAAAAAAAUCAUGGUUGAACCUAUAAUUCAUUAUGUUCGUUCACCAUUAGCUGAACAAGUUGAAACUACGUUACAUUUCACGUACUAUUUUCCAUUCAUAUCAGCGAAUGCGAUAUCGUAUUUUCAUUGUUUCCUGUCGUUGAUAUCAGUUAAAUUCCUUGCAAGUGAAUCGUUAUUUCGACGACGCUUAGGUGUGUGUAUCUUUCAAUUCCGAACAUUUCUUGAUUGUGUUGACGGGGUCGUUUUUCGCGCACAUUCACAUAACAAGCGUUAUAAAUCUUAUUAUGGAGACUUCGGUUAUUAUGUUGACGUUGUCAGCGAUAUUCUAGGUGGUACAUGUUUAAUCAUCGGUUGUUUACUUUACUUUUAUAAACAACGACCAUUUCGUUCUAUUCCGGCACGUACAAAUGGAUACACAAGUUCAUCGGCAAGCGAUGGCGGAAGCGAAGAAACUGAUAUGAUGAUCCUUAAUCUUGAAGAUGAACAGUCCUCUCCACGUAUACAACCAUCACCACCUCCUUCCACAAAUAACGAAACAACAAGUCAAACUUUAGAAACGAAGCAAACUAUAUUUAUAACCUUAGCCUCCUUCUCGUUACGGUAUUCACUAGCAGCGAUGUUUUGGGAUCGUGAUGUUCAUGCUUAUGAGGAUUUACUAGAUUCACCGGCGGAAACUCCACAACAAAAAGCUUUGCAAUUGAGUAUAUUGCAUUCUCCGUUAACAAUAUUGAUUUUUUAUCUUUGGAGAUAUUUAUGUGCACUUAGUAUUCAAGAUUAUCUUCAAUUCGCGAUUUUUAUUGAUCGAACAUGGGAAUUCAUUACAAAAACAAAAACUAUAUGGUGGAUUUGGUUGAUAUCGACAGUUGUAUUGACAGAAUUACAUAUUGAUCAAAUACGAUCUCUAUUUCUUGGUCUUUCCAGUAGUUAA